UUGAGUUCAGUGUGUUCAAAAAAAUUUGACAAAACUUUGUUUUGGGAUUCCUGUGGAGACUCUGUCCCUCCGUGUUCUAGGUUAAGCCGCUGCUCGCUAUUCCGCGCGAACUUACCAGCUAUAGCAGUUGACCAUUAGCGAAGCACCUUAAUUUCGAAGCACGAAGCCAUGCAACUGCUCCUGAGGCUCUCGGUGCCGAGCCAUGCCGUGUCAGCUUUUCAUUCACAAGUCGGAAUGGAGCGCUGGCAGAACAAACUGGCUGUGGUUACCGGUGCCAGCGGUGGAAUAGGAGCAGCUUGUGCUCGGGCAAUGAUCGGAGCCGGACUGCGGGUAGUGGGCCUGGCACGUCGCGAGGCCAAGAUGAAGGAGCUUAGGGAGAGUCUGCCCUCGCAUCUGCAAGCCAACUUCAUUCCACGGCAAUGCGAUGUCUCCAAGGAGGAGCAGGUUCUCAGCUGCUUCGAGUGGAUCGAACGCGAGCUAGAGGGCGUCGACGUGCUCCUGAACAAUGCCGGCAUUACGCGAGAGACCGAACUGGUCACUCGGGGCAACACCCAGAAACUUAGGGAGGUUCUUGACACCAACGUGAUGGGUGUGAUUUGGUGCACGCGCGAAGCCUUUAAUAGCAUGAAGCGGCGGGGCGGCGAGGGCCAUGUGCUCAUCAUUAACAGCAUCGCCGGACACCAAGUGCUCAACUUCAUCGACGUGCUACCCUCGUUUAAUAUCUAUCCGGCCACCAAGUUCGCCAUCACGGCAAUCACGGAGACCUACCGCCAGGAGUUCCAACUCCACAGUAACCGAAUUCGGGUGACUGGCAUAUGUCCCGGGGCGGUGAACACAAAAAUCUUCCCGGAGGAGAUCCAUUUCUACGUGAAGGACAUGGCCAGGCUGGAGCCAGCGAACAUUGCGGACGCUGUGAUGUACGCUCUUCGAACCCCACCUCAUGUGCAGGUUCACGAAAUUACAAUCAAGCCCAUGGGCGAAAUCUUUUAAAAUUCAAACUGUACUAAACUUAUUUCUGUCAAGUAAACACUAGUCAACAAUGGGAUACAAUAUUCCAAAAUUU